CCCCCUUUAGUUCUCGCAGUUCUCUGUCAGUGACGCAGGAAGAAGGUUCUACCGGGAGCCCAGGGCCAGCGGUACAGAAAGGAAUGAACGGAGAACUCUUACACGCGGGAAAGUAAACCUCCCGUUCACAAGAUGGCAUAUCCAGUACGGCUAGAGGUGGCCACCUUGGUAGGGGAGCCUGGAGCCCAGGAACCCUCAAUCUCAGUGUUACCUCAAGCCCGCACCACUGUACAAGAUCUUCCUCCAGUGGCCGACACCACAAACACGCCCACUAGACGACCUGUUUUUGUUAUAGGCGACUCUGCCAAGCGGCCUAAAACAGCAGGUAUGUUAGGAUCAGGACGUGUGGUUCCCAUGGUCAGUGUGGACACUUUACAUCCCAGCACCACUAGCACUUCCUGUCUCAGCCCAUCAUCACGCCCACGCUCCAGCCCACUUAUUGGGCGACGCCGCACACGUGUUACACCAUUACCUCCUACUACCCAGCUGCAGGCACCCACUGAUACCAAGAACACUAUAGAUCACAAUCACCACAAGGCCCCUCAGCUGUCAUUGCAGGGGAUGAAUGAUGCUUCCCGUACCUCAAAAGUCCCAAAAUGGAAUAGGGAGCGUCGAAGGGAGUUCCAUAAAUGUACUACCAAGGAAGAGAAUGAGGCACCAUGGCCCAACUCCUCUCUGGACAGUGGACCACUAGAUCAUGCCUCCUCAACCCCCAACAAGACUACUUCACCAGCCGCGAUAAGUAUACAGGGAGGCCAUAGCCCUUGGGUGGGCAGGUACACUGUACCCACCAUCAACGUCGCCUCAGAACACUCCUCCUCUCGUCCCCUCAAGUCCUCUGCCUCACUCAACAGCAACAAGAGUGACUUCACUAGCUUGGAGCACAGCCGGUAUGUGACAGAGCGCAUUCACCACCUGGUGACAGCAUUUAGCCAACGAGCCAACAGGGUUAAGGCACAGAUCACUCAGCCUCCCACACCAUCCACUGAACUUUCUGAAGGGGGUGACGAUGCCAACAAAGCCCCAGACCCACGUCAGAGGCUAGACUCCCUCAUGGAUGAUGUUUCCUCCAGGUCUCCAUCUCUGCCUAGGCUGGUGGGAAUCAACACUCGUCAUGCCUGGUUGCUGCGACUUCUAUAUAGUUGUAGGAAAACUCUGUCUUUCCCCCAGGCCAUGGAACCCCAGAGCCGGUUGUACAUCUCGUGGCUACUAGUAGUGUGCAUUGUGUAUGUGUACAAUGCAUGGGUCAUUCCUCUACGCUCUGUAUUCACUGAAUAUCAGACGGACAACAACCUUGGAUACUGGCUUGCCGCUGACUACCUGGCUGAUUUAGUUUAUGUCCUUGAUGUUGCUGUUUUCAAGUCACGUGUCAUGUAUUUGGAUAAUGGUUUUUGGAUCAACGUGCCCAGCCUCAUGCGCCGACAUUACUGGAAGACCCCUAACUUCAGGUAUGAAUUGGCAUCACUUCUACCACUGGAUCUGCUUUACUUCAAGUUUGGACCCAUUUCUGUGUUCAGGCUACCCAGGCUUAUAAAGAUCCACACAUUCUGGGAGUUUUUCCACCGUCUAGACUCUGUGCUGUCCUCUCCUCAUGCCAUCCGAGUGAUUCGUACCGUCCUGUACAUGCUGUUCCUUAUCCAUCUUAACACCUGUGCUUACUAUGGCUUCUCCAAGAUUGAGGGCAUUGGUUCCAACAAAUGGGUCUUCCAAGGUGUAGGCAAUGCAUAUAUUCGGUGCUUUUACUUUGCUACUAAGACAGCCACCAGCAUUGGCAAGAACCCCAAACCAGAGAAAGAAGGAGAAUACCUUUUCAUGACAUGUUCUUGGCUGAUGGGUGUGUUUGUGUUUGCUCUGCUUAUUGGUCAGAUCCGGGACAUCGUAGCCACAGCCACCCAUAAUCAAAAUGAGUACCGGAAUGUAAUGGACCAGACUCAGGCCUAUCUACACCGCCUCAACUUACCUGCCAGCCUCCAGGAACGAGUACGACUUUGGUUCACGUACACCUGGCAGAACCAGAAAACCCUCAAUGAGAUGAAAUGCCUGGAGUCACUCCCAAGGAAGAUGCGAACAGACAUAGCUAUCAGUGUCCAUAUUCAAAUAUUGUCUAAAGUGCAACUGUUCCAGGACUGUGACAAGGCACUUCUGCGUGAUCUAGUGCUUAAACUGCAGCCUGUUCUCUAUCUUCCUGGGGAUUUCGUAUGUAAGAAGGGAGAGGUGGGAAAGGAGAUGUACAUUGUGCAGGCCGGGCAAGUGCUGGUGAUGGGUGGAGAGCGAGGUGAUGUGGUACUGGCGACGCUCGGUGAGGGAAGUGUCUUUGGGGAGAUAUCUCUUCUGGCUCUUGCUGGGGGCAAUAGGCGCACUGCUAAUGUAAGAUCUCGUGGUUUCAGUAGCCUCUUUGUGUUGAGCAAGGCUGACCUGCAGGCGACCAUCAAAGACUACCCUGAAGCACAGGAAAUACUCCAGAAGAAAGCCAAGCGACUUAUCAAGCAGAACCAGGCACGAGAGAAGAUGGAACUGACCCCUGAUGAGAACAUUAUUAUUAAGUCCAGGGAAACAACACCUAAGUUGCUGCACACCGUGCUCCAGAUGGUACGUCCAGACUCCUUCACAGCCAGCAUCAUCCGUCGGUCAUCACGCACCAUCUCCCGUUCCACGAUUGAUAUUCCUUCCCUGGAAACAGUGUCGCCCAGCAGUGCAUGGCCCUGGACACCUUCCUCCGUGUCCCUGGAGGUUCCCACAAGGACCAGUAGGAGGUCUGCCACAGCUCUCAACAGGUCAUCUUUGGAGGUGCCAUGCAGCAGUGGUCGUCCAAGGGUGGGCAACAUACCCAAAACCAGUAUGUCAGAGAGUUUACCAGAGGAGGAGGAGGAAGAAGAGUUUCUGGUGGUUGAGACAACUGAUGUGGAGAGUUGUGAUAACCACUUGCCAGGAAGUCCCUCCUCUUGUCAUAGUCACCACUCCAUAUCCCUCCACCGUGGGUCUCAGUCCCCUACAUCCCAGUCAGUCUUCUCAGCCCACUCCUCGGGACAUUCCAGCCCCACCAUGACCCAGCCCUCACCAUCCCAGGUCACCCCUCAUCAGGCUGAUAGAAGAACUGACACCAUCAUUAAAAAGCCCCCUUCACACUGUAAUGAUGAUUGUUCAUCACCAUCAAAGCUGGAGAAGUCCAUAUCACGUAAUGAAAUUGACUUGGAAGUCAUGUCUGUAGUGUUAAGCCAAGCUCCAUCUUCAAGCCUCCAGCGGUACUCACCGGCUACCUUAGCUCGGCAGUCUUGUACCUCAAUCCCAGACAGCCUUUUUCCUCAGUCCUCUGUACAAGAAUCCAUUUCCUGUCAUCCUGCCUCACAAGCAAUAGUUACACAGGACUCUGAACCACUUACUACAGAGCAACAACAGAACAGUCCUCCCAAGCAAGAUGAUCAUCAAAGGUCACACAAAAUGUCUGGAGGACGACCCCUCUCUGGGAAAUAUAUAGGUAAAAGUAAUGACAAGUGCAAAGACCAGGACACUGCUGGAAACCAACAAUUUGAUAAAGUAAUCAACCAUCCAAGCAACCCUUGUCUUGAUGAGAAUAAAAAAUCUGCAGCUUCAGACAAAAUGAACUUUGCAACAAACACUGCACUCAUAUUAAAAAAUGGAAGCAUUGAAGGAGAAAAGUCUUGCAAGACAGUUCCAGAAAUACAGGAAAACAGGAAAAAUGGAGUUUUGAGAACCCAAUCCAGCAGAGGAAGCAGAAGUUCCAAAAAAUCUGGAGGGAUUAAGAGCAGAAAGAGUGAUUCUGCUAAAUGCAGCAAGAAUUCUCAAGGUAGCAGCUGCAGGAGUAAGGGAGCCUCUUACAAGGAUAAACCCCUCAUUUCUAGUCACACAUAUAUCUUAGAGGCCAGUGCUAAAGAUACAAAUGGAGAUUCAGUAAUAGAGGUGCAAGGAUCAGGUAGCUCUUGUAAGAGGAAUAACUCGGCAAGAGAACAACGACAAGCUACCAUCAACCACUUUAGUGCAACCCAUGUGUCUGAAUCUGUCAAGUGUAGCCUGCAGAAAGAUUCUGUGACCAGCAGUCAUGCAACUUCAGUCACUUUCCAAGAUAGCCUCCCACACAGUAAUUCUAAGUACAGUGUUGCCCCUUCAUCCAAAAAACACAACAGCAAUAGCCUCAAUAGUAGCAGGGACAGCAACAUCAGCCAUGAUAGCAGUAACAUUAGCAACUACAAUUUCACCACUAAUACGAACAGCGAUGAAGACUUCCUGAAAAAGUAUGGACUAAAUAGUAGUGUGGAGAGUGGGAUCAUCCCUGACACAACCAUGUCAUGCCUGGACACCAAUAACAUGGAGGAAUCAUAUGACCUUUUACUCAGUGAACUCUCAAAGACAUCCUCCAGUACAACUCAGGUUCUGCCUGCUACUUCUUCUGCCUCCACUGGCUCAUCUUUGAGACAUCAAUUGUCACCACCCCCUUCCACCACGAUGCCUUCCCCACCACCAGUGUCUACACCCUACAAGAUCUCGUGUUCUGCCAUUGUCCACCGUGAGUGCUCCUCAUCACCAGAUUCCUCACCUUUUGAUGCCCAAGAGUCUAAGUUAUAAAAACAAGUAACUGUUACCCCUGGCUAAUUCUUAACUCUUAUAUAAUAUUUUGGUUCAAAAUUGUUAAAAAAAAAUAUUCCAGGAAUGAUUUCUAUCACUUUAAUUCAGUUGUUGAAUCUUCUACACUCUACAGCACAGGUAAUUUUGAAUGAAACAAAUGUAAAAAAAAAACUGAAGCAGGCUCUGUUUAAGCUUUGAAGCACAGGUGCUCCUCUAUCUACGUUCCUGAAGCUCGUUCGCAAGUUCCUUUGUUCUUAAGUCCAACCUUACUCUUGUAGACACCAAACAAAUUAUAAAAAAUGAAAAAAUAAAGGAUGUACAGUACAGCUAUACUCAACAGCACAGCAUUUUUUUUUUUUUUUUUUUUA